AUGACGUUUAGGCCGGAAGCCUUCACCUGGGAGUUGGUCUCAGAACGCGCUAAUGUCAAUUUAAUAAGUAUGUGCCGCGGUGGCUCGUCUGUUGGGGCAGGCCGUUUUAUUAUAUUGCUUGUAAUGGGGCGCAUUAAGGCGGUGCGGGAGGAUUUAAUAAGCGAGCGGCGAGGCGCGGGCGAAUUUGAGGCGAUCGCCGCGUUCGUUUCGCCCCAGGCGGCGCUAGUGUUGUGCCUGUGC